AAUUAUCAGUUUUUGAAAAACUGAAAUUAUCUAAUUUUCAAUUUUUGAAAAACUAAAAACACGACAUUUUCAUUUGGAAAUUUAUUCGUAUAUAAACCAAUGGCAACUGAAAACCAAUGACAACAAAAAAGAAACGAAAUAUAAAUGAAGUUUGAAUAACUUGAUGAUUACUCCUCUAUGUGAAGAUCGUAACCGUUAAAUCUUCCAUCAUAUGGAAAUCCAAAAGGGCAUUUUUCUUUCAAAAAUAGUACACCGUUGGAUCCUUUCUAAAAAGCGAUCGGCGUACCAGGGCUACAUUCCGCUAUUUCGGGAAAGUACCAAAUAUCCCACUACCCCUUGCCACUAAGGAUCUUCCCCGAUAAUCCUAAAAACUGUCAGGGGCUUUUCCGGAACUCUUUAACGUACGGACUGUACGGAUGAAGCAAGUAUUUGCGGAAAUCCAAGGUUCAUUUCGUCCAUCGUAUCUUUGAAACAGAUUUCUUCAUUCCCCUUUUUUUAAUUCCACCAGCCUCCUUUGACUUUUAUUUCUAAAAAUGACCACUAACGCCCCAAUCUUCUCCUAAAACGUCAGAUCCACCCCAAUGUUCCUCAAAAUACCAUAAACACCCCUUUAUUCCUAUUAUAUCCCUCAACCCAAGCACUCUCCUCCUAUUUCUCCUCGAUAUAUGAGGCUCACUCCAGGGGUAUAUCAGACUCUUUUACAGUCAACAAGAAUAUCUUUAAAAAGAAAGGGACACUUGGGUGUUCUUGCGAUUUAUUAAAAAGAAGAGGAUAUAUAGAGUAAUUCAGAUUUGAGGAGCCGCAUACUGUGUUUAUAAUGUAUACGGUAUAUGUACGUGGAGGCCGGUAAUGCGGAGCCGUACCCAUUCAUUGAACCUUAGAAUUUGUUUUGUUUUUCUUUGCUUUUUGGCAAAGCUGUUGCAGAGCUUUUCAUGGCGUAGAAGAGCACAGGGCUUUCUCAUUUACAAGGUUUGUUAUACCUAUUUUCGUAUAUUUUUAUAGUCCAGAGCGCCGGAAUUCGUAGGUAUGUGCAGGGAGCUACGUUAGGUGCUCACCUUUCUCUUUCGGAUCCGAGAUUUGUUGAGAAAAAAAGCUGUAGUUUUAGGUGUUUCUGGACCGAUAGAUUUCAGGUCAAUGUCAGAUUAAACUCUCUCUCUCUCUCUCUCGCUAUCUAUCUAUCUAUCUAUCAUCUCUAUCUCUUUCUCUCUCUUAUUUGGGUUUUAGAUGAUGUGGGUUCUUUUGGUCUUUGGGGUUGAGUAGUCAUAAUUUUGUUUUGUUUUUUGUUUCUUAUUUCUUGUUUUUCGUUUUUAUGGUGGUUGUGGAAGUGAUUGGUUUUUCACCCGAUUGGUGGAGAAACAUUGAGUUCUCUCUCUUUUUUACUUUCUUUUUCUUUUGUUUGGAUUAAGAUUUGGCUAUUUGGGAUUAUUUUUUGUUGUUUUUUUUUACAUUCCUUUUGAUUCAUGGGUGGGUUUUUAGGGUUUGAAAGAUUUCGUGACUAUGAGAUUUAAGUUGGUAGAUGGUUUAAUGGAUGUGAAACUGGGGUCUAUAGUCUGGAUUUUUGAUGUUUUUGAUGGGUUUUGGGAUAGGACGGUCUAUGAGUUUUUUGCUUAGAUGGAAUCAGCGUCUUCUUGCUGUGAUUUAAAGGUUGUUAAAGAAUUGCAGGAAUCCAAUAUUUUUUAUAGGGUUCAGUUAAGAUCCUUAAUUGCAGGAAUGUGAAAAACUGGGUUUUGAAGCUUUUGUGAAAAAAUUUGGUGGUUUAUCAAAGUUUGCAGAAAUGGGGUUUCUGUUUCUGUCGAUCCAAUGGUUUUUGAUGGGUUUUUCGAGGACCCAAUAACUGAAUUCCCUUUUGUCACGAUUAAAGAGAUUGGUUUUCCUUAUCUGGAUUUCAAUUUUCAGGAGCAAUAUUUUUAUGGUUUUUAGGGUGUUAUGGUGUUUUAAGGGUUUCUUAGCUGGCACUGAACUGGGUUUCCUUUGUUAGAUUUAGGAGAAUUGUGUUCUUCCAUUUUCAAGUGUCUUAAGCAUUUCUGGUCCUUUUUGAGAUCUUCUUAGCUAAAACUGUUGCUUCUUAGGGUUUCUAUUAUUUGUUUAGUGCUUUCUACAAGAUGGUUGAAGAAAAUAGCUCUUGGGUAAGAAGGGUCAAAUAUUCCAAUACUGUUUGUCAUAGAUUUGAUGCUUCUAGGUUUGCAUCACUCCCAAUCCUGAGACCCGAUUACCCAAUUAUUAAACCUGAUCCAUUUUUGGGUCAAUUCACAAAAGAACCUGCAACUUCAAAACCCAUCUCUCAACCUUCAGAGAAAAAAGACUCAAAACGCAUCUUGCAACCUUCAGAGAAAAAAGAUAAAGAUAUUAAACAUAAACAGCCUUUGAAUAGCAAAAUUAAGUUCGAUUUUGGUCAAAACAAGCACAACUGGAAGAAUAAUAAGACCAGAUCUCUCUCCCCUAUACCUCAGAGCAUUCUUUCUGAUGCCUUUAAAGAAGCCAAACACGAGAAGAAAGUGAGAUCUUCGACUCCUGGACCUAGGAGAAAUAGUCUAGAUAAGAGUCAUAGCAACUGGUUUUCACCCAAAAUAUCUGAUUCUUUGUCUCCAUUUAAUUCUCCUCUCCAAUCAUGGUCACCUAUUAAAAACAAUGAGAAGAAAUCCAAGAAUCGAAAGGAAAAUUCAUGGGCUAAGUACUUUGAUCAUGGAGGAGGGAGAGUUACAGCUGUAGAGACUGCUCAAGAAUGGAUGGUGGAUUUGUCGAAGUUGUUUUUAGGCCUAAGGUUUGCAUCUGGGGCUCACAGUCGACUCUACCAUGGCAUUUACAAGGAUCAACCUGUUGCUGUUAAGGUAAUUAGGCAACCUGAUGAUGACGAAAAUGGAGUAUUGGCUGCUCGUUUGGAGAAGCAGUUUAACAGAGAGGUCACUCUUCUCUCUCACCUCUACCACCGAAAUGUCAUACAGGUAAUUGGUUCACUUUUAAAUGGAAUCUUGAAUGUGGGCUAUUCUAUUCGUUCCCUCAUCUUGUGUCUUCCUCUCAUUUGCUGCCUUGAUAAAGCUGUAGGUUGAGCAGUUCAUGUUAACUCAUUAAUCUUUCUGAUGUUUUUCUCUUUGAUCUUUCAAUCCUUUUUUCUUUUGUUUCCCUUACAUUCUUUCAUUCUUUCUUGUCUUUCUCCCUGGUAUUUUGGCUAUGAUCUUGUGCCAGUAUGAUAGAUACAUGUUCUUUUUUAUGGUACUUUUCAAUUGUUUCAUUGAAUUGUUUAUCAAUCAAUUUUUUUCUCUCCUUUUUAUGUGAAUGUUUUAUUUUUCCUUUCCUUCUUGCCAUAUAAUAAUAGAUUGGUGGUCCACCCAAAGAUGAUGUAUUUCUCAGAUGGGUUCACUCAGUUUUAGAUAUUUCAUGCACGGCACUUUAUAACUGAUUUUUUUCUCCAGGUUAUUUGGUUUUGCCUCAUUCCCAUAUGAAUAACUUUUUGUCUAAUAAAACUUUUUAUAGCUGAAUUUUCUCAUUGUUACGUAUACAUUUGUUUUGAGUUAUUGGCAUCGGUUGCUGACCUCCAAUAGUAUGACUCCUUGUCUGAUUUCUUUUUCUUGUAAACUAUGGUGGUGUUGUUGAUUACCACCCUUUUCUAGUAAUCCAGUUCAAAUAUGUUCCUUCUUAGAUGGUUGAAUUUAAAUAAUUAGGAGCUCUGAUAAAGUGGCUUUUGACAUGGUUUCCCCAUUUGGAUUUCCAUUUCCAGAUUUAACUGAUCUGUUGUUUUGUUAAGUCUGAAUUUUUCUACAUAGUGUAAAAUGGUAUCUGCAUGGUACUCUGUAAUGUUUUACUUAAAAUUCCAAAUUAUAGUCUACAAUUGUGCUUUUCACACGCAAUGAAUAUUUAGUGAAACAAUUGGACAACGGCCUGAGAUAAAAUGGCAUAGUUUAUUACACGAAUGGAAAAUGGUAGGAUUUGUAUCAGUCAAAAAAGACUGACAGACUCAUGACCAUCAGAAUCUGGGGAGGAGAUGGAUAAAGAAAAUCCUUAGUGUUGCAUAUAAAGAGAAGUGCUUUGCGUAUUAAAUAUAUAAAGAAACAAACUUGUAAUUUGUAAAAAGCUACAUUCCAUGACAAAACUGGCGCAUCCACACACAGAUGGAGGUAGUGAGUGUCCAUAUUCGUGGUUAGUUGAAACUGCUGAAAUUCUGUUUUUGUGAGAGCUGAAGCUUGUUUUCAAGGAUAUUGGUUCUUUUGCUUCUUUCAAUUACAAUAAAAUGGUUAGACUAGAUGACACACUAAAAAGUUACACCUGCUCUCUUGAAUAUACAAUUUAGCAAAUGGAGGCCAUGACAUGCAGAAUCAAACACACGAGCCCUAUAUUCCCAUUAAUUGCAUCUUUCUCUAUUUUGCUAGGAAUAUGUAACAAAGGCAGUUGGUUAUCUAUGGUUUUGGCCUUUGAUGUAACUCCCCCCCUC